GAGCAUUUUUCUGGAACGUUGUCGAUUGGGGAGUCGCAGGGCGGAAUGACGAGAACGUACGGGGCAAAUUCAAGGGGAGAAAAGGAAAUUCAAUUCGAGAUUCUUGUUUUAUUACUGAUCUCCAACUAAAUUGUUGAUGAUUUUGUUUCCUUGAAUGUCUUAGAGAACUUCAUUGAUCACCCGGAUAGCAAGUGAAACGAGCCAGGGAAGAUGUAUCAAUGGAGGAAAUUCGAGUUCUUCGAAGAGAAACUCGCCGGAAGAUGCACAAUUCCGGAAGAGGUAAGGGAAAAGAAGAUCGAGUGUUGCUCCAGCGGCAGAGGGAAGGUGGUGAUCGGUUGCGAUGACGGUAGCGUUAAUCUACUUGAUCGUGGGCUUAAGUUCAGCUAUGGAUUUCAAGCUCAUUCCUCGACCGUAUCCUUUCUGCAACAGCUCAAGCAACGGAACUUUCUAGUCACUGUUGGAGAAGAUGUGCAAGUAGCUCCGCAACACACUGCUAUGUGCCUAAAGGUUUUUGACCUUGAUAAAAUUGAGCCGGAGGGCUCAAGUGCAACUAGUCCCGAGUGCAUUGGAAUUUUGAGGAUAUUUACUAAUCAAUUUCCUGAGGCGAAGAUUACGUCAUUUCUAGUCCUAGAGGAGGCACCCCCAAUACUACUUAUUGCUGUUGGCCUAGAUAAUGGUUGCAUAUACUGCAUCAAAGGAGACAUUGCACGUGAACGUAUCAAUCGUUUCAAGCUUCAGGUAGAUAUCUCAGACAAGAACCAAUCAUCUAUCACGGGACUAGGGUUCAGAGUUGAUGGUCAAGCGCUUCAGUUAUUUGCAGUAACUCCUGAUUCAGUGAGUUUAUUCAGCCUGCAGAGUCAACCACCAAAGGGGCAAACCCUGGAUCAUAUUGGAUGUGGUGUGAACGGUGUUACAAUGAGUGAUCGAUCGGAGUUGAUAAUUGGUCGUCCUGAGGCAGUUUAUUUUUAUGAAGUUGAUGGGCGUGGUCCCUGCUGGGCUUUUGAAGGAGAAAAAAAACUUGUAGGAUGGUUUCGUGGAUACCUUCUCUGUGUGAUUGCAGAUCAGAGAAAUGGCAAGAACACUUUCAACAUUUAUGACCUGAAGAAUCGAUUGAUUGCCCAUAGUCUAGUUGUUAAAGAUGUUUCUCACAUGCUUUGUGAAUGGGGUAGUAUUAUACUUAUAAUGGACGACCAAUCGGCUCUAUGUAUUGGGGAAAAGGACAUGGAAAGCAAAUUAGAUAUGCUAUUUAAAAAGAAUUUGUACACCAUUGCUAUAAAUCUUGUUCAAAGUCAACAAGCUGAUGCUGCUGCAACUGCAGAAGUGCUUAGAAAGUAUGGGGACCAUCUAUAUAGCAAGCAAGAUUAUGAUGAGGCUAUGGCCCAGUAUAUCCAUACUAUUGGACAUCUUGAGCCUUCUUAUGUUAUACAGAAAUUUCUUGAUGCUCAGCGAAUCUAUAACCUCACUAAUUACUUGGAAAAUUUGCAUGAGAAGGGGCUUGCUUCUAAAGAUCAUACCACACUUCUACUAAACUGCUAUACCAAAUUGAAAGAUGUUGAAAAGCUGAAUGUAUUUAUUAAGAAUGAGGAUGGUGCUGGAGAGCAUAAAUUUGACGUUGAGACUGCAAUAAGGGUUUGUCGUGCUGCCAAUUACCACGAACAUGCCAUGUAUGUUGCUAGAAGGGAACGAAAGCACGAAUGGUACCUUAAGAUCUUACUUGAAGACCUUGGAAGAUAUGAUGAAGCCUUGCAAUAUAUUGCAAGCCUUGAGCCUAGUCAAGCUGGGGUGACAAUUAAGGAGUAUGGGAAGAUUCUGAUAGCACACAAGCCACGUGAGACAAUUGAUAUUCUUAUGAACCUAUGCACCGAGGAUGGUGAGUCAUUGAAGGAAAGGGCUUCAAAUGGCACAUAUUUAUCUAUGUUACCAUCUCCUGUUGACUUUCUUAAUAUUUUCAUUCAUCACCCACAGUCACUUAUGGAAUUCCUUGAAAAGUAUACUAACAAGGUUAAGGACUCGCCUGCUCAAGUUGAAAUUAACAAUACACUGUUGGAAUUAUACCUGUCAAAUGAUUUGAACUUUCCGUCAAUGUCCCAAAUUAGCAAUGGACGAAAUAUUAGUCUUGUAGAAAGAUCAGGAGCAACAAUGAUGUCAGCUGAGUCCAAUACUAAAGUGAGCUCUGAGAGUACAGACCAUAUGAAGGAUAAAGACCGGCUUGAAAGGCAAGAGAAGGGAUUACGUCUGCUAAAGAGUGCAUGGCCAUCAGAACUGGAAAAUCCCCUCUAUGAUGUUGAUCUUGUUAUUAUUUUGUGUGAAAUGAAUGCAUUUAGGGAAGGACUUAUGUAUUUAUAUGAAAAGAUGAAACUUUAUAAAGAGGUUAUAGCUUGCUAUAUGCAAACUCAUGACCAUGAGGGUUUGAUUGCUUGCUGUAAAAGAUUGGGCGAUUCAGGAAAGGGAGGUGACCCUUCCCUAUGGGCAGAUCUUUUGAAGUAUUUUGGCGAACUUGGAGAAGAUUGUUCCAAAGAAGUGAAGGAAGUUUUGACCUAUAUUGAAAGGGAUGAUAUCUUGCCUCCCAUUAUAGUUAUUCAGACGCUGUCAAGAAAUCCAUGCCUCACACUUUCUGUCAUCAAGGACUAUAUUGCAAGAAAGCUCGAACAGGAAUCCAAGAUGAUUGAAGAGGAUAGACGGGCAAUUGAAAAGUAUCAGGAAGACACAUUGGCAAUGAGAAAAGAAAUUGAAGAUCUCAGGACAAAUGCAAGAAUUUUUCAGCUCAGCAAGUGCACUGCGUGCACGUUCACUCUUGAUCUCCCAGCUGUACACUUCAUGUGUAUGCAUUCAUUCCAUCAGCGGUGUUUGGGGGAUAAUGAAAAAGAAUGCCCAGAGUGUGCUCCAGAAUACAGAAAAGUUAUAGAGAUGAAGAGAAGCUUGGAGCAGAAUAAGGAUCAGGACCAGUUCUUCCAGCAAGUGAAGAGUUCAAAAGACGGUUUUUCUGUGAUUGCCCAGUACUUCGGUAAGGGAAUCAUUAGCAAAACUAGUAAUGGAACUAUGAAUGUUACAAACCCAGAGAAUCCUUCUUCGACAAAUGGUUUUUAAUGAUGGUUAGAGAAGGUGCUCGUUUGUAGGACUCCAGUUCAUUUCCCUCCUGUUCUUGAGUUCCUAUCCAUAUGAAGAGGGAGUCUUGUAAACAACCCUAUUGGACUAGCUCUCAAUAGCGAGAUGAUAAAUGGUUUGUUGGGAGGAACUUCAUUACGUUGGUUUCUGGUUUGUUGACAUUGGCUGCAUGUUCCAGUCUCACCCAAGUUGGAACGUUGUACUAGAAAGGCUUUUUAUGUGUCUUCUUUAUGCAAAAUGAGUUAAGCAAUUAGAUUGUAUUCGUUUGUCAAGAUCAUUUUUUGUGUCCAUCCCAUUCCCUCUAGGCUGAAACUGACGCUCUAAAGCUGAAAGUAGUCUCUGCUUCCCUGUUCUUGUAAUUCACUUUUUGCUCUGACAUCUUGCUGUGAACUUUAUAGCCAGACUCAGCUCGGCAGAUGCAAAGAACACUCUUCGAUGGUCGCCUCUUAUUACUGGCGCUGUUCAGCUGGAGAGUUUGAUAUGUGUGUUAAGAAUAGAUGCUGGAGUUGAAGAAGACAUGGCAUGGUUGGAAGAGGACGAUAUACCUCCUUCGGUCUGUCUUAGAAUUUUUUUACUACCGAAUUCAUAUAGUUUGAUUAUUUAACAUGAUGUAGAUUGAAUUGUAUGAUUGUCCAAACCCAUUUGAGGUUAUAGCCUGAAAUUCCUUUGUGGAAUGCAUUAUGCAGUUGUGUUAUAGUUGUCAA